CCCUCCCUCCUGAGGAAGACCCGAGGAGGGGUCCAAGACGGUGUCCCACAUAUUCCAUCUCAGUCAGACUUGUACCGUUAGUGUGACGCUACCAUCAUAGACAACCUUGCUCUCGCAAGAACUUGAGCCAUUAAGUAAAGAUCUGUCAAGUGGGAAGUGUGUUUAAGGACAAAAGAACCUAUGGUUGAAAGUGGAGCAAGCUCAGAUUUAACACAUUACGUACCACAAGUGACCCGCAGUUGAUAUUAUAGUGAUAUAUAGUAGGGGUCUGGACACCAUGUGGACAAGAAAAAAUUUAGGGCUCGUCACUAUAUACCUUCUCACCACUUGUACGACACCAGGAGGCGCCGGGAUCCUGAGUUCCAUAUCGCCUGCUUUAGAGAGAGCCGCCACCUAUGGCUACUACAUUCUAGGCUAUGCUCCCUCCUACUACUACCAGCAGCCAGAGCACCACCACUACGAGGAAGAGAUCGACAUACCCCAUGUGAAAAAAACCUUCUGGAGCGGACACAUCCCCGUGCAGGACUUCAUAUCUCCUAUUCUGCAGCAGGUUGGAAAAGGCAGCGGCGGCUACGGUCAUGACCCCCAGAGGAUCGUCAAAGGCUAUGAGAACCGUCUUGGACUGCGGGUGGCCGUGCCGUACCUGGGAGACUUCCAGGUGACCCGGGAGGUGGGUCCUGGCAGGUUCCUCGACAAGCUGGGACCCGGAAAGUACGUCUACCCAGGGCUAAAGGAUGGAGGUUAUAAAGGCUUCGGGACGGCAAGUUACGACAACUAUGUAGAGGACAACCAUGUCAAAGAAACCGUUAUCCCUGACAACACUGCCAUGUACCAGAGCAUGAAGAACUACCCAUGGUACAGGAAGUAACCACUUUAGAACUACCCAUGGUACAGCAAGUAACCACUGAAGAACUACCCAUGGUACAGCAAGUGACCACUGAAGAACUACCCAUGGUACAGCAAGUAACCACUGAAGAACUACCCAUGGUACAGCAAGUAACCACUGAAAAACUACCCAUGGUACAGCAAGUUACCACUGAAGAACUACCCAUGGUACAGCAAAUAACCACUGCCCUCUGCUCACACGUCACUAUCCAGUCUAUUCUAUUUCUAUAUUCUUAGAUAUUAUUUAUUACGUAGCUAUUACUAGAUAUAACUGGAAGUGUCCUCACGUGUGUAUCUAUAACAUUGUUAGACUUGUUUGAUGUUUAUGAUAAACAUUUAUUCAUCCUUUUUUUUAAUUAACAUAGUUUUAGCUUCAUACCUCCCUGGUCACGACAGCCUUAUUAUUACAAUCAAAACUAAGCGCUAAACCCACAAGGGUCAUACAACCGCGACAGCUUAACCUCAUACAACCCCAACUCGACGUAGUCGAAAUUAACCCGAUUAAAAAUAUAUUUGAGGAAUAGGAGGAAAUCAAGUGUGAUCCGAGGAAGGGGGAGGCUAGCUCAAUUCUUUGGAGUAAGAACACUUCACUAUCGUCAAGGUAUUCAGCUGUACUAAAAAAAAACACAAUGGUUGCUGCUGUAUUUUUUAUUAUCACCCGGGUAGGCUACGGACUCACACGGCUUUGUUUAAAAUCUUUCAGUACAGGCGUAGAGCUCUAGCCCGUACGGGUCAUACAGCUCCUGGGAAACUAGAUAAUCAAGUUUGAUCCAAGGAACUGGAUCUACCCUUCCUAGGAUCAAGAGUUUUUCAACAUCAAGGUACCCUCCUUGACAUUAUUCAUGGGUAAGCACUAAACCUGUAGGAGGUCAUAUAACGCCUGGGAAAAUAGGAGGCAUUCAGGUUUGAUCCAAGAAAGGGGAGGACAGAUCCAAUUCCUUGGAUUGAGCCCCUCACCGAUAUCAAGGACCCUCCCUCGAGGAGACACCCUCCUUGACUAAGUCUGCUGGAUCAAUGCAGCUUAGUAAAUAUUCUACACUAAACUAUUACAUUCGAAUUUUUUCAUAUUUCAUGCAUUCAAUGGCCGUCUGUACUAUUCUGUACACCGUACAGGGUGCCAUAUAAGAAUUCGUUUUUUUAUAUAUUUGGCUGCACUCAUGUGGCAACAAAUGUUUUAAUAUUCUGGGUGCAGUAGUGAGUUGACCAGCUUACAGUUUAACGUGUGUUGAACAUUAUGGAGGACACUUGGAACACUUGCUGUAGUAACUUACAUAAUUCUUUACAAAGUGAUCAUAUUAUUCUGGUUUAAACAACUUACGCCGCGCCCUGUACAAGACACUCACGGCAGUGCAACUCACUCACUUUGGAAAAGUGCCACAUUUUCUAUUACAAAUGAAUUAUAAGUAUUUCCAGUACAGCACAUAUGUACCCUAAAACAUUAUUUGCAGUGUUUCUUGUCUGCAACAAAUAAGAGGCAGUGAGUGUUCAUUCGACAUCACUCUAAACUAUCUCCUAACAAACUAUGAGAGUCUACUUGAGUAUCCAAAUUUCUUUUAGCCAUCUAUCCAUCAAAACUAGUUCUCUAUCAUCUAUUUUGAUAUGGUUAUAAUCUUGAGACAUUUUAAAGAAUUGGGAACUACUGUAGUAACAUAAAUCAAGCUACGGCAGUGCUGAUAGCUACAUUAGUCAUUUUGUACGCCGUUGACCUGGGUAUUUUGACCAGAGUGCCACCGAAGUUAGUCCACUCCUCGCACCUCCUAUGUGCUCAGCAAUCUACAUCUUUAUAUUUACUUAUGAUCUUCCGUAAAACAUUUAUAAACUGAGGUGAUUAAUGGUUGUUUAAUGGUCAGGAAAUGACAAUGUCUCCUGACACAGGUCUAAACUAUAUGAUGGCACGUUCAGUGGUUAAGUAUCCACUAGCGUACCCCAGCUCUAACACACCAUGCAAUAAACAAAGCACUACCACACAGUGGUGUACCCUAAGAUGUUUCUAUACUAAGGUGGUUGGUUAGUUGGGCAAUCGGGCUUAAAGCCUAUCGACUACAAGAUGGUCAUUAAUUAAAGCUGUAUAUCACCUGUUCACCACCAGUCAAGAAUAUUUUAAUUACUAAAGCAAGGGUUAAAGUAAACUCAGCUAAUAUAUAUAC